GACUUAGUAGACAAUUUGUAUUGUUUAGGUGAAACUUCAAAACCAUUAAUCGUCAUGUCAUUUAUAUUGUGGUUGGCCCUGGUUUCCACUGGAUAUCUAGUGAAUUUAGAGGCUGUGGAAAUUGAUGAAAACCAUAUUCUAACGUCAGAAAUUCCUGUUCCAUACAAUUCAAUCAUUGAGGUACCUAGGUCAGSACUUAAGAAAACAGAUAGCCAAUUUUCAGAUUUAGAUUCGCUCUUUAAAUUCAUCUAUCGUACUACUGAGGAAUUCAAGAUGAGUUCAGUUAAUGGAAAUAUGGACUACAAUUCAUAUUUGGAUACUUUAAAAUACGCAUUCAUUGAAUUUAAGAAGGCCAAUAUGGUCGAAACCACCACUGAGCACAAUUUUGUUAGUUAUGGAUGGUGAAUCAACAGAAAAGUUUGUAAUUUAUAACUUAUAAAGACGUGUAUGCUAAUUUUUGCCUUAAUGUUUUUCAAUUAUUAUUAAUUGUAAAAUUUUUAUAAAAAAAAUUAACAUAAAUUGUGUUUUAAGUUGUUUUUAUUACUUAUUAAACGUACCUUUGAUUUUGAUGAUCAAUUCUUA